AUGAGUGUUCUUCUCGAAACCUCUCUGGGAGACAUCGUUAUUGACUUGCUGACCGAGUCGUCUCCUCGGGCAUGUGAGAACUUUUUGAAGCUAUGCAAAGUCAAAUACUACAAUUUCUCGCCUGUCCACAGCGUGCAGAAGGGGUUUUCAUUUCAAACGGGUGAUCCACUAGGCCCUGAUUCUCCAGAGAGCGAUGGCGGAAGUUCGAUAUGGGGGGUUAUCAACGGGCCAUCACAGAAAAACUUCACAGUACGCUUUUCGCCGAAAUUAAAGCAUUCUGAGCUCGGGACAGUGAGCAUGGCAACCAUCCCAUCGGCGAAAGAUGCGGAUGAACGGCUCGCUGGGAGCCAGUUUAUUAUAACACUCGGAGACAACCUUGACUACUUGAACGACAAGGCAGUGAUAUUCGGAAAGGUAGUUGAGGGAUUCGAUGUUCUCGAGAAGAUCAACACCGCAUUCAUUGAUGAUAAGGGGAGACCGCUGAAGGACAUUCGCAUUAGACAUACUGUUGUCUUGGAUGACCCUUACGAUGACCCUCCUGGCUUGCAGGAACCGCCGGAGAGCCCCCUCCCUACCAAAGCCCAACUAGCUACUGUCAUGAUUGCAGACGAUGAAGAUCUAGACCAGGAAGUAGACGAAGAAGCACUGGAAAGGAUACGUCGAGAACGCGAGGCCCAGGCACAAGCUUUGACGCUUGAAAUGGUUGGGGACCUUCCGUUUGCCGAAGUGAAACCGCCCGAGAACGUCUUGUUUGUUUGCAAACUUAACCCGGUCACACAAGACGAAGAUUUGAAUCUAAUAUUUAGCCGAUUUGGCAGGAUCUUGUCAUGCGAAGUGAUACGAGAUAAAAAGACAGGAGACAGUCUACAGUACGCUUUCAUAGAGUUCGAAGACCAAAAAGACUGCGAACAAGCCUACUUCAAGAUGCAGGGGGUGUUGAUUGACGACCAUCGUAUUCACGUGGACUUUUCGCAGAGCGUGUCGAAGCUAUCAGACUCGUGGAGGACAGCAACGAACGCCAAACGAUCUAGUCAAAGGGGCGGAUUUGGGGGCAUAUCUAACCUCGAGAAACGACGCCAGUACCGCGCAGCAGAAGCGGGAGAUCGUCGAAGCAAAGCAAGGACUCUUUCCGUCCCUCAAGGUCUCGCCGAAGAGAUUGGUCUCGAAGUUGCAGCCGGAGUCGAAGCCCUCCGAGGUAUACGCAUCGCGACAAAUCCCCCAGACAGCGUGAUGGGUAUGACAGGGGGCCACGGCAGGGCAGGGAAAGGUGCAGGAGCCCUCGCCCAAGACAUGAUGAACCAGACUAUGGCCGUCCACAGAGACGGCGGUGAAGGUGUCUAA